CCGCCUAGUUUUUGUGUCUAGCUGACCUUCUCUCCUCCUUCCACCUUCUUCAUUUUUUAUUGCUGCAUCUUGCCAUUAGGUCUCUCUCUCUCCUACUAUACUUUGUUUUGCAUUUACAUUCAUUCCAGCUUGUUCAUUUUCUUAUUGUUCUUUUUUUGCUAUAUCUUCAUUUUAUUUUAUCUCUUUUCAGUUUUCAUUCUUACUUUACGUACACAAUUUUACCCUUUUCUCGAAAUGGCAACCACACCAUCUCCUGAUCUCAGACUCAAACUGGAGGAGCGGCUCAUUUGCCCUGUUUGUCUUGGCCACUAUACCAACCCUAAGAUCCUACCCUGCCAUCACUCUUUCUGUCAGCACUGUCUGGAGAGAUUACCUCUGGAUAAGAAGAAUGAGACCUAUUACCUCUCUUGUCCCACUUGUCGUCAUCGUACAGAGGUACCAGAAGAAGGAAUAGAAGUAUUUUCUGUAGCAUUCCACCUCAACGACCUCAAAGAGAUGUUCAGUCUAACAAAGAAGACAGCAGAGGCCACAUGUAGUGAUCAUGAAAAGCCUUUGGAGCUAUUCUGUGAAACAUGUGAUACAGUAAUCUGUGUUGCCUGCCAGGUUCGUAAUCACAAAAAUCAUGAAUACGACUUAAUCGCUGACAGUUAUACUAAACACUGCCAAAAGCUUAGAGAAUAUCUAUCACCAGUUGAGAGAAAGAAGGAAGCACUCAAGAAGGUCCUGUCUGCUCUAGCAGAGAGAGAGGGUGAGAUCAGAGAGAGAGGAGGGAACACUGCACUACAGCAGUGUAGAGUGAAGAAGAUUAGUGAUAUUAGCAAAGCAGCUUCGUUUUCACUAUCAAUUGAAGCACCAGAUUCAUCUCUUCUGAUCCAGAAGAUAAGCCCAGAUGGUUAUCGUAAAGCAUCAGUUGGUAAGAAAGGAGAUGGGCCACUACAAUUUCAUACUCCUUUUGGUAUAGCCAUUUCUCCUGUAACAGAACAGGUUUAUAUUGCUGACCCUGGUAAUCGUCGUAUACAAGUUUUGAAUCCUGACCUAACCUUCUCUCAUUCAUUUGAUGGUGAAGGAUCAGAUAAUGGACAGUUUGAGUAUCCAUGUGACAUUGCUAUUGACAGUCAAGGAUUAGUCUAUGUUGCUGAUUAUUGGAAUCAUCUCAUUCUAAAGUUCUCUCCAGAUGGAAAGUUUGUGAGUCAGUUUGGUACUGAAGGAUCUGGCCCUGGACAGCUUUUUAGUCCAUAUGUCUUUACUAGUGAUGGUGUGUUUGUUAGCAGUUUUGGAAGUGAAGGCAGUAAUAUUGGCCAAUUUAUUAAUCCUUUUGGAUUAGCAUUUGAUAAAAAUGGAUUCUUUUAUGUUUGUAAUUUUGUAUUAAGAACUGAUGAUCAGUUAAUGAGUGAAGAUGAGGUCAAAGAGAUAAAGACAGGACUGAGUGCUAUGAAGACAGGAGCUGUACUGGAUAUAUUCAGUAAAGAGGAUAUCACUGGGAAAGAGAAAGCAUGGCUGCUGCUUAUGUUGCCUGUUGGAUAA